CCGUUCCACUCCAGUUGGCGGGCCCGUGUUGCGUAUAAUUAAUCAGCUUGUUGAACUUUAACAUCCGAUUGAGAGGAAGAGAGAGAGAGACAGUGCGCGCACUCGCUGGGUACCAGAAAAAACAACAACACCAGCUCGGUUCCAUCAGCGCCACGUACAGUACGACGCGGUACGCCGGCAUCGAUCGGCAGCGGCAUAUUACCGGGCUUAUCAUUAAGCCGGUGUAUCUCUCCCGUCAAAUGCGCUAUAAUCUCCUCGUGGAUUAAUCUCGUCCAUAUGGUUAAUCACGGCACCGGUACAUGAUUAUUGAUUAUCAGCGAUUACAUGGCACAUUGUGUCUACCUGACAGAUGGUGGCGCGGCGCGGUACUUGGAUUGCAUAAUGUCGAUGAAGCAGGAAUCUCCGCACGAUCAGCUGCUGCAUCUCGCCGCACUUCAGGGUAACUUGGUAAAACUGCGGAUGGUACUUGAUUCGGGCCGGGUGCAUGUGGAUGUCAAGGAUAGUGAUGGAACAACGCCGCUGAUGUUGGCCGUUGCUAAUAACCAUCUGGCUUGUGUCGAGGAACUCUUGGAGCAAGAGGCGGAAGUCAACGAAAGACGAAAUAUAUCAGGAGCGACAGCGCUGUACUAUGCGGCCCAGAACGGCUUCUUCGACAUCAUAACCACUCUCUACCGGCAUGGUGCUGAAAUAAAUUGCCGCUGCCAUGAUGGUGGCACUCCGUUCGCCGUCGCUUGCCAGUCAGGCCAUCUGGAUGUUGUGAGAUAUUUGUAUGAUCACGAAGCCGACAUCCAUACACGCAUGAAUGAUGGCGCCACCGCUCUGUUCCUUGCUACUCAAGAAGGCCACGAAGAUGUCGUGCGAUUCCUGCUGGAUGUUGGACUGGAUGCUAAUAUAAGCCGAGCUGAUGGUACAUCGCCAUUAUGGAUCGCUGUGCAGAUGCAUCAUCCCGAUACUGUCCGGCUCCUGCUGCAGCGCGGUGCUCUACCAGAUGUUCCUCGGGAAGAUGGCUCCACACCGUUAUUCAAAGCCGUUCAGAAAGGUUACCUGGAUAUCUGCCAGUUGCUCAUUGCGCACAAACCGCGACUUGGUUUAUUGCCCAACGGUAAUUCCGUUCUGCACGCUGCUGCUUGGCAUGGCCGAGAAGAAAUCGCUGUGAUGCUGUUGGAACAUGGUGUUGAUCUGAACUUGUGUGAUAAGGCGGGAAAAACGCCUGCUCAAGUGGCCAGACAAAGAGGAUACCGGGUUUUAGCGGGCUUAUGUGAACCGUCCAAGAAGGCUGUGUCGUCGUAAUGUUUACGUGAGAGCUGCUAAAUAGUAGUGGUGCUUCAAAAAUAAAAUUAUUAAUUUUAAAGAUUAUAUUGCGAAGGCAUCAUACUGUUAAAAGGAUGCUGCUGGAGCAUUAGAGCUCGAGUUGCUUCGACGAGCAGUGGCACUACAGCAUUAUUAUGUUACUGAUUAAUGAACCCAUGU